CCCUCGCCCCCGGCCGUGCCCGGUCUCCAUGGGAGCGCGGUUGCCAAGCCGGCCGCUGGAGUGCCUGCCGCCACCAUCGAGCCGUUGGCACGGCAACGGGGACACGGCUGACUCGGGGCGGGUGCGGCGGGGAGGGUCCCGGCCGAGCCCGGCCAGCGCACCAGGGGUCCCCAGGGCUGCCGGAGCCCCCGCGCCGGGCUGGGACCCCCAGGCAGCCCGGAGUCACCGAGGGAGCCCCGGAGAGCGUGGGCGAGCCGAGCAGAGCAUGUGGGACCGCAGGGCUGACCCCGCCGCGGCCCCGGGGCCCGCUUCGCUGCCGCUGCGCCUGAGGGGACGGGACCGGGACCGCCUCGCUGCCUGAGGGGCCGGGACCGCCUCGCCGGGCCGCUUCGGGCCCUCGGACGAGAUAAGGCAGCGAAAGUGGAGCAUCCGCGAGGGACGGAGCGAGGGACGCGGCACGGAGCAGCGCAGGGCCCGCCGGACGCGCUCCAGGCCAGGGCAGGGUGCUGCCCCGAGCCGGGCACCACGGUGGGGACACAGCGGCCGAGGGGGGCACGGCUCGGCCCGCAGCCCGCCCCAGCCCGCGCCUGCCCCCAUGCUGGAUCACCGAGCCAGGAUGGAGAGCAGCCGGAAGGAGAAGGUGGAGCAGAUCCUGUCGGAGUUCCGUCUGAAGGAGGAGGACCUGAAGAAGGUGAUGUACCGCAUGCAGAAGGAGAUGGACCGAGGGCUCAAGCUGGAGACACACGAGGAAGCCUCUGUCAAAAUGCUGCCCACCUACGUGCGCUCCACCCCCGAGGGCUCUGAGGUGGGAGAUUUCCUGUCUCUGGACCUGGGCGGCACCAACUUCCGUGUGAUGCUGGUGAAGGUGGGCGAGGGGGAGGAGGGCCAGUGGAAGGUGAAGACGAAGCACCAGAUGUACUCCAUCCCGGAGGAUGCCAUGACUGGGACGGCUGAGAUGCUCUUUGACUACAUCUCCGAGUGUAUCUCUGAUUUCCUGGACAAGCACCAGAUGAAGCACAAAAAGCUGCCCCUGGGCUUCACCUUCUCCUUCCCUGUGCGGCACGAGGACAUUGACAAGGGCAUCCUCCUGAACUGGACCAAGGGCUUCAAAGCCUCGGGCGCGGAAGGGAACAACGUGGUGGGGCUGCUGAGGGACGCCAUCAAACGGCGAGGGGACUUCGAGAUGGACGUGGUGGCGAUGGUGAACGACACGGUGGCCACGAUGAUCUCCUGCUACUACGAAGAUCACCGGUGCGAGGUUGGGAUGAUUGUGGGGACGGGCUGCAACGCCUGCUACAUGGAGGAGAUGCACAACGUGGAGCUGGUGGAGGGCGACGAGGGGCGCAUGUGUGUGAACACGGAGUGGGCCUUUGGUGCCUCUGGGGAGCUGGACGAGUUCCUGCUGGAGUACGACCGCGUGGUGGACGAGACCUCCCUUAACCCCGGUCAGCAACUGUACGAGAAGAUCAUUGGGGGCAAGUACAUGGGGGAGAUCGUGCGGCUGGUGCUGCUGAAGCUGGUGGAUGAGAACCUGCUCUUCAAUGGAGAGGCCUCUGAGAAGCUCAAGACUCGUGGGACCUUUGAGACACGCUUCAUGUCCCAGAUUGAGAGCGACUCCGACGACCGCAAGCAGAUCUACAACAUCCUGUCAGCCUUUGAGCUGCUGCCGUCGCGGACGGACUGCGAGAUCGUGCGCCGCGUGUGCGAGAGCGUGUCCACGCGGGCUGCCCAGAUGUGCUCGGCCGGGCUGGCCGGCGUCAUCAACCGCAUGCGCGAGAGCCGCAGCCAAGACACCCUCAAGAUCACCGUCGGCGUCGACGGCUCUGUCUACAAGCUCCAUCCCAGCUUCAAGGACCACUUCCACGCCACGGUGCGGCAGCUGACGCCCGGCUGCGACAUCACCUUCAUCCAGUCCGAGGAAGGCAGCGGGCGCGGGGCCGCCCUCAUCUCGGCCGUGGCCUGCAAGAUGGCCUGCAUGAUGGGGCAGUGAGCUGGACUCGGGGGACGGCGGGGCCGGCGCUCCUCUGGGAGCUGACACGGACGCGGGCAGGAGGCGGCUCCGGCCCCCCAAUAAACGGGGUGUGUGUGGA